AUGGCACCGGAGGCUCCUUUGCAUGGUGGCGGCACUCCGCUGCUAUACAAUUUCUCUGUCGCCCCUGAUUCCCUCCUCGUCCGCAACCGUGAAGAGAAGAAAAUCCACGACGCCUUCGAUACCGUCGGAGCUCCUCUCUCCAAAUCCGACAUCGGCGGGUUCUGCUCCCAGACUAGCGUUUACUGGCCAAGGAUGGACGUGACCAACCCAGAAAAAUAA